GUAACGUAAGUGCGAUUAGUCACGGGCCGUUGUGAAUCGGAGGCUAGCGGCCCCACAAUGCCAGGCGGGGGAGCCCCUUUCUGAGCAUCACCGCCUUGCCUCGCUCAAAGGGACACACAGGAGAGAAAUGCAAAGGGAUGUAAGAUGGCAGAGCUACAAAUGCUAUUAGAGGAGGAAAUCCCUGCCGGCAAAAGAGCGCUAGUAGAAAGCUACCAGAACCUGUCGCGGGUGGCGGAAUACUGUGAAAACAAUUAUGUUCAGGCUCAAGACAAGAAGAAGGCCCUGGAGGAGACCAAAGCCUACACCACCCAGUCUCUGGCCAGCGUGGCCUACCAGAUUAAUGCCUUAGCAAACAAUGUGCUGCAGCUGCUGGACAUCCAGGCCUCGCAACUGCGACGCAUGGAGUCCUCCAUCAACCACAUCUCCCAGACGGUGGACAUUCAUAAGGAGAAAGUGGCACGUCGAGAAAUUGGCAUCCUGACCACAAAUAAGAACACCUCUCGCACCCACAAGAUCAUCGCCCCGGGAAACAUGGAGCGACCGGUCCGCUACAUUCGAAAACCCAUCGACUACACGCUGCUGGAUGAUGUGGGACACGGUGUCAAGUGGCUUAAGGCCAAGCAACAUGGGAACAAUGCGGCGGGCCGAGGAGGGACCAUUUCCAGGACUAACCCACCCACGCAGAAACCUCCGAGUCCCCCCAUGGCUGGCCGUGGGACCCUGGGGCGUAACACUCCAUACAAGACACUGGAGCCCGUGAAGCCUCCAGUGGUGCCCAACGACUACAUGACGAGCCCGGCCAGACUGGGCAGCCAGCACAGCCCUGCACGCACAGCUUCCCUCAACCAGAGGCCCAGGACACACAGCGGCAGCAGUGGUGGGAGUGGUGGGAGGGAGAGCAGCGGAGGCAGUGGAGUCGGCAUUCCUCUUGCAGUUCCCACUCCGUCUCCUCCCAGUAUGGGCCAAGUGGCGACAUCGUCAGCCUCGGUGCCUCAGGGCCCCGGCCUGGGCCCGAUCCCCAUGUCCCAGUUCGGCACCAUCUCCCGCCAAAUCUCCCGUCACAACUCCUCCACCACCUCCUCAGCUUCCAUGGUGUCGGCUACCGGCACCUACCGCCGUGCACCUUCCGUCUCCUCCCAGCAGCCCCACAUCAACGGGGGCCCGGCGUACCCUCAGAACUCAGUGUCUGUGGCUCCUCCACCUCCUCCUCCCAUGGUCCAGCUGACCCCACAGAUCCCUCUGACCGGCUUUGUGGCCAGAAUGCAGGAGAGCAUAACAGACAGCCCUGCUCCUCCUCCCCCGCCUCCCCCAGAGGACAUUGGUGUGUUUGAGGAGCCUGCUCCCCCUCCUCCUCCUCCACCUGUGGACUACGAGGAAGAGGAGGCUGCUGUGGUUCACUACAGUGAUCCGUACGCUGAUGGAGACCCCCACUGGGCCCCCAAGGCUUAUCUGGAGAAAGUCGUGGCCAUCUACGACUACACCAAGGACAAGGAGGACGAGCUCUCCUUCAUGGAAGGCGCCAUCAUCUACAUAAUCAAGAAGAACGAUGACGGCUGGUUCGAAGGCGUCUGCAACGGCGUCACCGGACUCUUCCCUGGAAACUACGUGGAGUCCAUCAUGCACUAUGCUGACUAAAACAAAACAAAACAAAUCCCACCCUUAUUGGCACUGCAGUUUUUGAACAGAGGCAAAACCGUGAAGAUGUACAGAUGUAUGCAGUGAUUGCAGUUCAUACAACUCCUGUUUUGAAUGAAGUGCCAUGGUGAAGCAUUAUUUUCUUUUGGGGAAGUUUGGGGGCGGGGCUUGUGCUUGCACGGUUUUGAUCUGCUUCAAAAAAAGACAAAAAAUAGAUAAAGUGUCACACAAAGAAGGAGGGCGUUGGAGCUUCGCUGGGCCGGGGUCUGUUAGUUUACAAAGGGGGUGAAAGGAAGGAGAUAAACCCAAUUUUCUACUACUGUCACGUCUUCAAACUACAGCAACCACAUUUUACCCCACGAGCAAUUACAUGCAAUCAGAAUUGGUGUUAAUUUAUGUAAAUGCAGCCACAAUAGACGGUGUUUUCCAGUAUGCAGUAGAUCCAGCUACAGUUUGACAGAAUAAAACCAGACGCUCCUCCCCUUUUAUUUGAACUGUAGACCGUCAGACCGACUCUUCCCUCCUUUCAGAAACAUCCAUCUUACUUUAUCGAAAAAGGACAAACAAGCAUCAACAAGUGCAUUAGGACACGGCUGAAUGUUCUAUGCUGUCCAUGUCCGAAUCACGAGAUGUUUAACCCUCCUGUUGUCCUCAUUUACCGGCACCAAAAAAUGUUGUUUCCGUGUCUGAGAAAAAUCCAAAAAUUCAGCAAAAAAGUUCCUGAAAUUUCUGAAAAUUUGCAAAACCUUCAGGAAGAAAAUUCCAAUAAUUCUUUAAAGAUUGUAUUUUUUAAAAAUCCCCCAAACUUGGCAAGAAAAUUCUUGUAAAUAUUUUCAAAAAAAUGAGUAAAAAUCUUCCAAAAAAUAUUUAAAAUCUCUAAAGUGAUUACGUACAUGUCAGUAAAACUUCUAAUAUUUUCUUUAAGAACAUUCACAAAAAAAUCAACCAAAAUCCAGCGAAUUUCGCUGGAUUUUGGUUGAUUUUUUUGUAAAUGUUCUUAAAGAAACAUUUUCAACAUUUCUUUUUUUCCACCAAAAAAUGUUCAAAACUUUCCCAAAAAUGUUGAAAAUGUGGACAUCAGAAGUUUCCCUGUGAAAAUCUAUAUUUUUCCCCACAUUUUUAAACUUUAAAACAGGUCAAUGUUGACCCGCAGGACGACACGAGGGCUGAACGAGGGGGGGAGGGGGGGAGGGGGGGGGGGGAGGCAACCUGGAGUUGUGUAUUCACUAUGCUGUGUGUCGGUGGGGUUGUAAAGGGGGUGAAGUGAGUGUAUAGAACGCAUUACAAAACAAAAAAAAAAAAAGAGAAAACAGUUCCUUCUUUCUGGUGGAGUUCCUUUCUGUUCUCUAACUUGUAUAUAAACUGUAAUGUGAGAAGCUGCCAGUACAGUACAUUUGUCAGUGUUUCACCAGUGUUUCCAUCGGCGUCAGUGGGGGUGGUGCCAAGAUUGUUUUUAUCCGUCGUCGUUUCUUUUAUUUUACUUGAAUGUUAAUUUUAUCCAUCACUCACAGUGCCAUUUUAACCGGUUGUGUAUGAACGUUUAUUUUUCUAUGUCCAGUCACGACUAUAUCAGUCCGGUGAUGCUGUCCAGCUACUGUAGCAGAGCUCCCCAUGUGUGGCGUCGCUUCUAAAGGAGAAGCAAAAGGAAGGACUAACUCGUGUGUUUUUCAUGUCGUUUUCCUGUUUUUUUUUGUGUCAUAGCUGCACUGAUUAGUUAUCGACGGCUGUGACGGCUUUGAUUUGCGUCACGGCUUCGAUCGCAACCCCAAGAGUUGCUGCCUGAGAAUCUAACCUUCAGUUUAAUCUUUCAACGGUUGCUGGUGUGGUGCUUUACAUUGGUGCUCCAAAACCAUAAUCACCAACCCAAACAACCUCAAGAACAAGGACUGCUCUGCUUGGAAAUGCAACAGAGGACUCCAGUCUUUUAACCCUCCUGUUGUCCUCAUUUAUGGGCAGCAAAAAAAUAUUGUUUCCUUGUCAGAAAAAACAUCCAAAAAUCAGGCAAAAAAAAAAAAAAAUUCCCCAAAUUGAUAAAAAAUUGCAAAAUCUUCAGGAAGAAAAUUCAAAAAAUUCCUUAAAAGUUUCCCUUAAAAGUUUUUUUUAAUCCCCAAAUUUGGCAAGAAAUAAAAAAUUUAAAAAUAAAAAAAUGGAAAUAUUUUCAAAAAAUGAAUAAAAAUCUUCCCAAAAAAAUCCUAUAAAUAUCUAAAGUGAUUACAUGUAUAUUAGUAAAAGCUCUAAUAUUUUCUUUAAGAACAUUCAGAAAAAAAUCAACCAAAAUCCAGCGAAAUUCGCUGGAUUUUGGUUGAUUUUUUUCUGAAUGUUCUUAAAAAAAUCACUUGUUUUCAACAUUUCUUUUUUCCACAAAAAAAUGUCCCAAAAAAUGUUGAAAAUGUGGAAGUUUUCACUGUGAAAAUGUAUUUAUUUUUUUUCCACAUUUUCAAACUUUAAAACGGGUCGAUUUGACCCGCAGGACGACACGAGGGUUAAAAGCGAACAUCGAUCGUUUUGAUUGUAAUCUUCCAUCACUUCUGCGUUGUAGUGAAUGUAGGCGACUCAGCAGUAAUGUACUCCAGCUAGAAUCAGUUCGCUAUUCAUGUUUUUUUUUUUUUUUUUGUCCAGAGUCUGUGCUACACAUGAAUGACUCCUGUUAACUUGCAGUUGAAGGAAUGAAUCUCAAUCCAUAGGUCUUAAAAAGCUAACGUGUUUCCGAUUUCUACUACAAAAUAAGAUGCCUGCUCUUACGAAGUGAUUGUUGGUGCAAGUAAAAGUCGCCGUCAGAUACCAUUGAAGCUAACGCCUGGUCUCAGAAUACAUGUUUGUAACGUAAUCAUGCGUGCUCCGGAAGUAACGGGCAUUGAAGUUUUAUUUUGAAAGGGAUCUAGAGGUAACAUCUUCAGGUUUCUAGACGGACAUUCAAAUGAACCGUACUCAUUCAGCCGCUGUGCAUGAAACCAUCCAGACGUCAUUGCAGUGAACGAUUUGCCACUACAUCCCAUUCUUGAUUGUAUUUUUUCCAUCAUGAGGUAAUUUUUUGUGAGAGAAAAAAACCCAACUUUUUCUACCUAAUGUAUUUCUAGCCUUGCAUUCUUUUUAUGUCGGACACUGCUGAGGAAGGCUCGCUAGCAGUUUGUAUGUAAAGGAUUUAUUUAUACUUUUUUCAUAGUGAAAAUCAUGAGACAACCACUGACGCGCAGAACUUUGUAAUGUUUACCACUGUAACGUCUAGCAUUUCAGGGCAUCACAGGUCAAGGCGCCUUUCUUUGAUGUGUGUUUUCUUAUGAUCAAAUGGAAAUGGAAAAGAAAAAAAACGACAAAAAAAACCAUCCGUAACUUAAAUGUUCAUGGGAACAGAAUCUGAUAUUUGUCUUCUCCUCAGUUUGUACAUAGGAUGUGUUCAUUGAAAUUUAUGUACAGUCUUUUUGUAAUAAACCGCUCAUUGAAA